AUUAUUCUCAUUCAAGACUGCAUGAUCUCGAAGUCUAACUUCUGUCGUUAUCGCCCUUUUUUCAGCACCUUCGACUCUUUGAUCGCGGUCCGGAUUCCCCAAUUUUCUCAACGACGCUACAAAAAUGGCGCCCAAACUCUGUAGAGUGUGUCGGUCUAUCCCGUCCUCUUUCUGGACCCAAGACAUCAGCAAAACCUCCGGCUUGGAUCCCGACAACGAACCUCCGUCUGAUUGUCCCCGAGCCAAGCUGCAAUUGCAUUGGUGCAUUGAGGAGAUGGCAGAUAGAGGGUGUCAGCUAUGCCAGGUUUUCCUAUCUCCUCCUAUCUCGCUGCUCCGGUUUCUGGCCCUCACGCUCAACCCCGAAGUGGCCAGAAGCACCGUAGUAGAGCUAUCGAGAGUAAAACCCAACACCAACAGCAGCGGUGAAUGUGACGAAUUGUCAUUGCGUAUCGGAGAGAGAGCAAUAUCCUCUGGCUCGCGCUGCUUCCGAGUUCCUUCUUUCUGGACGCGUCUACCACCUAUGUCAAAGAACGAGCCCAUGGACAAUCUUGCUCUCAUGAAGCUUUGGAUUGAGAAUUGCAGGAAGAACCAUGUCAAAUGCUCGGAGAAUCUCGCUCGGUUCUUACCCACCCGGCUCCUCGAUAUUCGUGCAUUCGAACAUCAAGGAAGCCAGGACCUCAAACUGGUGUGUUUGAGCCCCAGCGAUUAUGGUUCUGGCCAGAAGGAUGUUCCAAGCUAUGUCACUCUCAGCCAUUGCUGGGGACCGCCGGAGAAGCGACCGGUUACUACAACCAAAGCCAAUUUACAGGAGAGGAUGACCCGAAUACGCUAUGACGAGCUCCCAAACACGUUCAGAGACGCUGCACGUAUCACUCGAGAACUGGACCCUAGCCUUCGGUACCUAUGGAUCGACUCCCUUUGCAUCGUCCAAGACGACACGGAAGACUGGGCAAGGGAAGCCUCUCUGAUGGCUCACGUAUACAGCCAAAGCUUCGUCACCUUGGCCGCUCUCAGUUCUUCCGACAGCAGCCAGGGGUGUAACAUCGUGGACAACAUCCAGGAGAAAGUCGGCACCAUGAUUGAUCUCGACUUGAAACACCAUGAUACCAAUGAGUCCGCAAGAAUUCGCGUGACGCAGUACAAACCCCAGCCCUGGAGCAAGCACUACGCCGAUUACGGCUACAGCUUCUUCACCACCAAGCAGAUCCCUCUUCGAUGGCGGGCUUGGGUCCUCCAGGAACGGGAGCUUUCCAGGAGAAGCAUUCACUUUGGCGCUGAGCAAUUGCUCUGAGAGUGUCAGGAGCUGAAAGCUACGGCGCAGUUACCGUGGCUUAAUGCCGAGCAGACUAUGCCCUCAAUACAGAGUCGAUUUAUGCGAUCCGCAUCCGACCAGAUCCAGACCGAUAACCCUUUGGCCACCACGAUGAAACAUCGCUGGUUCUUGCUCGCUGAGGAUUACUCCGUUCGGCAACUAACCCAGGAAACGGAUAAGCUGCCCGCGCUAUCAGGCGUCGCGCAAUCGUACCAACGGCACUUUGGACCAGAAGCGGU